AUGUUAAGCAUACAAAAUUCUAAAAAGGAUCUAGAAAAUGAAAAAGAAUUAAUACCAUGUUUAUUUUCUUGGUGUGAAGGCGGGAGAGAUGUAUAUUUAAUUGGAUCUUUUAUAAAUUGGGAUAUGAAUAAAAAAUUAAAAAUGGAUAAAUGUAAUGGAGAGUUUCUAUUAACUUUAUUAUUAGAAAAAGAGAUAUAUACUUAUAAAUUUUUAGUUGAUGGUCAAUUAAAAUGUAGUUCAUCAGUAGCAACAAUAAGAAGCCCUGAAGGUGUUAUAAAUAACGUUAUUGAUAUGAAAAAUUAUAUCCCUUUUAACUUUGAGUUAAAAAAAGAGCAUGCAAUUCAAUGUUAUGAAAAAUUAUGGAAAUAUUCCAAAUUAAAUAACUUUGAUAUCGUUUCUAGAAUUACACCCAUUCCAUUAUAUUUAGAAAAUAGUCGUGAUAUAAUAAAGCUAAAUUUAAGCAAUCCCAGCUAUCUUAGUGAAUCAUUAUGCAAUCACAUGUAUUUUGAUACGGAUACAUAUAAAAAUUAUAGUUCAAGAAUCAUAGAAGUUUGUCUUGUUAUGAAAUCAGAGUAUAGAAAUAGAAAAGGAGAGAAAAGAAAAAUAUUAACAAAAUAUAACAUUUUAGCAUAUUUACCUACUUCAGAAAAUGAGGAUUUUUCUCAAUCACAUGCAUACAAUCCAUUAAAACAAUUGAUAUCAUUUAAACAAUAG